GAAAUACGUCAGUACUCCCUCGUUCAGAACCUUCUACUUAUUCCGACUUACUUCUACGAACGCCGGUCAAUUAACCUGCAGACACGGCUAUAAAAUAUGUGGUGGCUCGAUCCAGGGAAAGAAAUCUUGAACGUCGUGUUCAAUCGUAUCCUGGCCCCGUAUGUUGAGAAUUUGGAUAUGAAUCAAGUGAAUUAUGGAAUAGGUCAAGGCCAACUCACUCUCCAAAAAUUGCGGUUGAAGAGAGGUGCUCUUGACAAGUUUCGUUUACCCGUCGACAUUCUCGAAGGACAUCUCGGCAAGUUCACUCUCUCACUACAUUGGAUGAAUCUUGGCAACCAACCUGUCGAAAUCUUAAUUGAGGACGUUUGCCUUCUUGUUGUUCCUUCCGUGGAGUCAAAGUACGAUCCAGAGGAAGAGAAGGCAAGGGCGUUAGCGGCGAAGUUGGAAAGGGUAGAAAAUGCAGAAUUAUUGCAUUUGCAGGCGGACAAGUCCCCUGACGACACCCCGCAACAGCAAGGUCUCAUGGCGUCGUUGAUCGCAAAAAUCAUCAAUAACAUACAAAUCACCGUCAAGAACAUUCACAUUCGGUAUGAAGACAAACUUAGCGUCCCUGGGCAUCCUUUUGCUGCAGGUGUAACGCUGGCGGGGUUUACAGCAGUUUCUGUCGAUAGGGAUUGGCGUCCUGCAUUCAUCGAAAGUACUGAUGGUGCAAUCCACAAGCUCGGUAAACUUGAAUCAUUAGCCGUUUACUUCGACACAGAUUCAUCUAGUUUGGCUGGACUCUCUCGUAUCGAGAUUGUCGAUAAAUUCAAGUCAAUGAUUACGCAUGACCCAAAAGAUUCAGAUCACCAAUUCAUUCUCAGACCCGUAUCUGGUGAGGGAAGGGUUAUCAUGAAUCAUAGGUUCGACGGAGAGACCCCUCGCUUCGAUGUAGAAUUGCUGUUUGACGAGAUUGGAGUUGCUCUGGAUGAUGGCCAGUACCGCGACGUGAUCUCGCUUCUUGACAUGUAUCAUGUAUACAUACGCAAGCAUCAAUACCGCAAAUUCUUGCCAAGCGACAUAGAAUUUUCCACCAAUGCUGCUCGAGCUCGACUGAAAUUUGCAGGUACAGCUAUCUUGGAAGGAGUUAGGGACCGUCGUCGACGAUGGACGUGGAAAUAUUUUGCCGAACGGCGUGAUGAUAGGCGGGGAUAUGUCGACCUUUUCCAGAAGAAGUUGCUGAGUGUUCUAGCCGGACCUGAUGUCACUGAGUUUGAGAAUCUUGAAAGAAAGCUCUCAUAUGAAGAUAUACGUUUUUACCGUUCCAUUGCAAGAUCACGGCUACGCAAAGAUCAAGCUUUGCGGAAACGUUUGGAGGAAGAAAAGGCAAAGCAAAAACCUCAGAAACAAAGCUGGGGAAGCUGGCUCUGGGGGACUUCCGAUAAGGCUUCUGAAGACGACGCCGGCUUUGGAGGGCCUAUGACCGACGAACAACGGCAACAGCUCUAUGAAGUUCUCGAUUACGAUGAAAAGAUGGCCGUCACGAGCUCCUUCCAAACCCCUCGAGAAUUCAUAAAAGCUCGAAUUAUGGCUAACUUAAAACGGGGGUCUUUCGCGUUGAAAAAUGGUCCUCGUCACCAAAUCAAGGAUGUUAUAGCAAUAAAUUUCGAUAUGUUCCAAGCCAACGUCAUUCAACGACCUGAUAACCUCGAAGCUUCCCUCUCUCUGGGAGGAUUCUCCGUUUUCGACGGCACCACGGAACGUAGCGUGCACAAACAGAUAGUAAAAGUGAAGGAUUUGGGAGUCGCCCAAGCUUCCGACGAUACAAAGGAGCCAUUCUUGUUUAUCAAGUUUGAAAACCAUCCCUUGGAUGAAAGAGCAGACAACGCGUUGACAGUACGCAUGCGACACAUGGAGAUCAUCUAUCACAAAGGUUACGUCGAGGCCGUCUACAAAUUUCUGAAGCCUCCUGAAAGUCAUCUCGAAUCUGUUGAGGCGCUCUUGACCGCGGCCAGUGAGACACUUGAAGGCCUCAGCAAGGAAACUCGAGCUGGGUUGGAGUUCGCUCUCCAGAAUCAUAAAACUGUUGAUAUUCAUGUGGACAUGAACGCUCCGAUCAUAAUAGUUCCCGAAGACGUCACCACCACCAAAUGUCGACAUCUAAUCAUAGACGCCGGUCAUAUAGCCAUCGAGAGCGAGCUUGCAGACAAAAGUGCCAUGCUUUCUCUGCGCCACAAGAAGGACCAGACUUACAGCCACGACGCGGACAGACACCUGCAAACAUUGCUGUACGAUAAAUUUUCUUUGAAUUUGGAGGCUGCACAGUUCGUUGUCGGAAACGAUUUGCAAACAUGUUUGGAUGCCUUGUCGGGCAACGAUAAUUCCCUCCAUCUCUUGGAACGGAUUAACGUCAACUUACUAGUCCAGAACUCCAUUGUCCCCACCUUUGCCCAGUUAGCGCGUUUCAAAGUGUCUGGAAACCUUCCGUCGCUUCAAGUCAACCUUUCCGACACCAAGUACAAGGCAUUGAUGCGUCUGAUUGACGUGGGAAUACCAAAGUUCGGUGUCUCAACAAGGGAAGAUUCACUUCCCCCGCCGGCGAAGACACCUGAUUUCCCUUUGGCGCCCGCAAGGUUAUUCUCCGUGAAUGACAUCGAGUAUCACAUGGAGGAGGCCGAAGAUAAUGAAAAUGAACCUUCUUCUCAAUCGGAAACAUUCUACGAUGCCGAUAGCUCUGUUGACAAUGCUGAACUCCGUCAACACGUAUUCGAAUUCGCCUUCCAAGUUGAACACCUUGGGGCGUCCUUAUCGAAGACUAGUGGUGAUGGCACAGAACGGCCUCUGGGUAACGUGUCGUUCGAGCGUUUUGAUAUGAAACUUGUUCUCGCGAAAUUUGAUUUGAAUGUUAAUGUGAAUCUUCGCUCACUCUCUAUGGAUAUUGAGCAGCCAGGCGGAGGUCCAAUGAAAUUCAUCUCAUCGAAUGAGAUCGCUGAGAAGAAGGACCUGCUCAGUGUCUCCUAUGUCAGGACACAGACGGACUCUCCGGAGUUCCUCACGGUCUGCGACGGUAUCGAACAAGUAGUAGACGUCAAAAUAUCUACUCUUAGGUUCCAUGCUGCCCCUGAGCCCCUCGUUUCACUUUACGACUUCAUUAUGACCACGUUCGUCCCUCCAUCAUCUAAUACCCCUGCUGAGGAGCUCAGAACGACCUCAUCGGAACAAAUCCGAGCCUCCCCGGAGUCGUCGCAAUCCUCAAAUAGCUCGGGAAAAAUAAAGGUCGGGGUAGAAUUGGCGAGUGUCCAAGUGGCGUUGAUCAACGAGGCCGUCAACCUGGCCACCUUGUCAUUAUCAACCGCGAAUGUUGCAGUUCUUGUCCUUCCCACUGGACUGCAGGUUGCGGCCCGACUCGGAAGCCUCUCCUUGAGCAAUGAUUCCAACGAUCAUCCUGUUCUUCCCGAUUUCGAUCAGAUCUUGUCCAUCGAAGGUCACAAUUUCGCUGACUUCGAAUAUGAGACAUUCAAAGAACGCGAAGAUGGAAUAAAAACCACCAUCCAGCUCAACGCUGGAUCACUCAAACUCAAUUAUCUGGAACAGCCACUCCAUGAUCUGUACCUCUUUCUUACUAAACUCGCGAGGCUCAAGGGAUUGUAUGACACUGCUACGCAGGCUGCAGUUCAGACCGCGUCUGAGGUUGAUGUUGCUCGAUUGCAGUUCAAUAUCUCUAUCAAAUCUCCUAUCGUAGUCUUUCCGUCUGACCCGGGCCAUUCUCAAAACACUUUGACGAUGAGACUAGGUGAAGUAGCAGCACGGAAUACUUGCGAAGGGGUGGUCAAUACGAUCGAUGCCAGCCUACGAGGAGUACAACUCACAUCUACCCUGUACCAUGAGGACGGAAUAUCCGUGAUGAAAGUCAUUGAUGACAUUGAUCUGGAGAGCAAAAUUACACAAACAGGCGGUAUCGAUCGUAGUGUCGAUAUGGACUUUCCCAACAUGAAGGUGUCUCUCGACAUCUCUGCAAUUCGUCUUCACUUGACCCAGGUGCAAUACGGCCUUCUUAUGCAGGUUUUGCAAAGCAUACCUCGUGUUUUGGAAGGGGCACCUACUGGUUCAGCCGAAGCGCAAACAGGACCAAUUGGACCCCCGACUCGUUUCGAAGGAGCGUCAUCCAGUCAGGAUAACAGCAAUGGUGCUACUGACCGAGGUUGGACCACAAUAGACCUCGUGAUAACGAUGGAAACAGUGAAACUUCACUUGUAUGAUGAGCAUACUCUCCGCCAGGCUGACACCAAGGAUCAUGGCAUCGCAAAGUUUGCUCUCAAUCACAGCAACUUUCGAUUUAAGAUGCUAUCCAAUGGAGGACAGGAAGCGCAGGUUAUUCUCAAAUCGUUCACUAUGACUAACACACGACCUGGUGGUUCAAAGUUCCGGGAAAUCAUACCUGCUGCGAAACACGUCCGAAAUCAGUUUAUGGUCUUGUACUCAAAGCCUGGAGGUAUGCAAAGUGCCGCCCAGGUCAUUCUUUCUAUCGACACUCCGCAGAUAAUUUUCGCGAUUGAUCCUGUUUUUGGUUUAUUGAGGUUUUUCACAAGCGGAAUAACCUCCGCAUCGUCCCCCCCUUCUGAGAACCCUUCGGUGCGGGUCGAAGAAACCGAGGUCACCUCCCCGAUGUCGGUAGAUUUUCGUAUCGAGCUGCACGAUGUGUCUGUUUCUGUGCUUGAAAAUGACUCUGACCCAGAGUCGCAAUCCAUCAAACUCGUAAUAAAACAAGUUCUUCUGUCGUCGCAAGGCGUUAUGGCACUGACUGUAGAUCACCUGGGAAUGUCCCUGAUGCGUAUGGGCAAGCCAGAAGAUAGCGCUCGUUUUCUGGAUGAUUUCGACGUGACCUUGACUCUCGAUAAUCGAUCGACCUCCUCCCAGAACAUGAGUAGUAUCGAGCUCAACGCAAAACCGAUCGUUUUUCGUGCUUCGUAUCGUGACAUCCGGCUCAUAACCGCCAUUGUCAAUAAGGCCAUAGAAUUGUAUACUACAUCCCAGGAUAAUUCCUUCAAUGAGCCUUCACCUGAAGAAGGUACUACAGUCUUCGGCCAGACGACUCGUAGCGGCAGACGGACUCACGCCCGCGCAAGUGGCAAAGCACGAACUAUAACGUGUAAAGAGCAACUAAAAGCUUCCUUUGAUGGAUUCCGUCUGGUUCUUAUUGGAGAUAUGCAUGAGCAGCCCAUGCUUCACCUGAAAGUAAAGCCGUUCAUCAUUGGAGCCAAGGAUUGGUCAGGGGAGCUCUCCACCACCACGACACUCGCAACACAAAUAAGCUAUUGGAAUCUCACGAAUUCUCAUUGGGAACCUUUGAUCGAUCCUUGGAGAUUCUCGAUAACCGCUUCUCGACUGACCCCGACGAGCGAACUUAACUUGAAACUCGAAGCACGUGAGCGACUAGAUCUCAAUUUGAGCACAACUUUUGCUGAGCUCGCCACAACGACAUGGAACAUGUGGAGCAAGGAAGGAGAACAUAUACUUCAAAAUUCCCGUGGAAGUUACGCUCCGUAUCGAGUUCGAAACCGAACUGGGUCUCCGAUAUUCAUCUGGGCCGACGAUGACAACAACCUAUUGGAAAACAAUGCUGGGAUUCAGAUCGCUAACGAACAAACAGUCGAUUGGCGCUUCGAUGACUGGAAGACGAUGCGAGAGCACGUGCCGUCGUCAGGACAUCACAACAUUGGAAUACAAUUCGUCGGGAAGACCUGGGAUCACUUGCAUGGUGUUCCUGUUGAUGGAGAAGGGGAAUUUGUGUUCCCUUUACGCCCGAAGACCGAUAAACACAGCAACCGUUUACUCUGCGAGGUCCGAGUCGUGGAUAACGUUAAAGUGGUCACCAUUAGAUCCACAUAUAAAAUCGAGAAUCUGACCCUUUAUCCGUUGGAGAUCACGUUGGUCGAUGAACAUGGCCACCCAGUUUAUUCGUUGGAAAAAGUGGCUCCUGGCCAGGAUUAUACACUUCCAAUCGAGGCUGUGAAUCAAACAAAAAUCAGAAUUCAACCCGACCAAGGCUUCGGAUACAAAUGGUGUGGCGCUAUUCAGUGGGAAGACCUUGUAGCUUGUAAAAGUUUCACCAUAAAAUGCCCUCACGGUGACCCGAAUGAGGCUGCUUUCCGCUUUCAGGCAUGGGUCCACAGUGAUUUAUCCCCGAAUGAAUCGCUCCUGCGAAAAUACCCCAAGAUCACCUUGAAACUUCGCGCACCUUUAGAGCUUGAGAACUUGCUUCCAUACAACUUGCAGUAUCGUGUCUACGACAAAGACACUGAUCAGAAUUGGAAAAGUUAUCUCCGUCAAGGAGGGAUAAUGCCUGUUCAUUCAGUCGAGCUCGGUCAUUUGGUUCUCCUUAACGUCGAAGUACAAGACACAGUAUUCAAACCGAGUGACUUCGCUAUCAUCAACACCGACGGCAAUGCAGACUUUGACAUCGAGAGUCGCCUCGUACUUCGUGACUCAAAUGACAGGAAAUUGAAUCUUCGACUAAACUAUGUGAAAUACCCAGACUCCGGUGGCGCCUUUAAAGUUCAAAUAUACAGUCCUUAUGUGGUUGUUAAUAAGACCGGACUUCCUUUCUAUAUAAGAACGCGAUCAAAUCGCGCCGCUGCUUUACAGGAUGUUGCUGGAGACACCCGUAAUGAGACACUUUCCAGCUCAGUUCCCUUCAUGCUGUCUCACCUCAACGACCAUGGUCGAGAGUUCGUCAUGAAGUUUGCAGACUCGGCAUGGUCCAAACCAUAUAGCUUGGAAGCGCCUUCGGCAGAAACACCGUUGGUUGUUGCCUCGCAAAAGCAGAGAGGCGACGAAAUGCAUAUAGGGUUAUCGUGGUCUGAAGGUCUCGGGAAGUACAAGUUGACGAAGGUAAUCACCUUCACCCCUCGUUUCCUCCUCGAGAACAAUCUCUCGGAGUCUAUCGCAUUCCGUCAGCAUGGCGUAGCUCCUCGCGAGCGUUCACUAAUAAAUCCCGGAGAAAGAAUAGCGCUACACAUAUUAAGCGGAAAUAAAGAUGAGAAAUUAUUGACUCUGGCUUUGCCAGGCUUGAACGCACAAUGGUCCCCCCCAAUAAACCUUGCAGACAUUGGAUCCGUCUACCUGAGGCUCAGUCGAACAGGAGGGAGCCCCGGCAAGAUCUUGUUGAUUCGCGCUGAUGUUCAGAUCGAUGGUAGUACAGUGUUUGUCCACUUCACAGCGGCGGAGGACGAAUGGCCAUUCCUCGUCGAAAAUCAAAGUGAUUAUGGAUUCGGUCUCUGCCAAAAGGAUUCAACGCGCGAUGAAGAAACGGGCUUCACGAAAUCAUAUCCGACGUAUAAUGUGGCCGCUCGUAGCACGCUGUCGUAUGCAUGGGAUUAUCCCUCAGCGAAAGAGAAGAAGAUAGUACUCAUCGUCAAUGGUUAUCGGAGGACAGUGGACAUUAUGGAAAUAGGCAGUCUCGUCCCGUUCAAGUUCAAUGACGGUCAAAGGAACAAGGCAGUUUCGUUGGAUGUUAGAGCGGAUGAACGCAGGCAAAUAUUACGGAUUACCAAUUAUCGCAUCGAGGAAAGUCCGUACAAGCCCAAGGGAAGGGAUUCCUUGGGAUCUCUUUCGAGACAGGACACAAUCACUAGUAGCGUAGAGGCAUUCGAGGCAGUUGCGGAGGAGGUCUCUCCUUCCUUUGGUUUCAGCCUGGAUCUUGCUGGGGUCGGGAUAUCCUUGGUGAACAGGAAACUUGUGGAAAUCAUCUAUCUCUUGGCAGACAAGCUGUCAUUUGAAUACACCGCUAGUCCCAUCGCCCAAGCCUUCAACCUGUCCUGCGGAACACUACAGGUCGAUAAUCAACUCCAUGAUGCUCUUUACCCGGUCAUCUUGCAACCAACCCCAAUUCCUCAGGACUCAACUACCGUUGCCGCCCUCCCAACGGUUCAAGCGUCCAUCGUCCUUCUCAACGACAACACGCACGGAGUCUUGUUUGUCAAGUAUUGCUCUAUAUUAUUGCAAGCCCUAACAAUCGAAGCGGAUGAAGACUUGUUGUUCGCACUUUACGACCUGAGCCAGAUCAAGGGGGCAUCGUGGGAAGAGAGCACAAAAGACGUUUUGAUUGAACACGCGGAUGAGAUACCCGAGCCGAAACCCUUGGAUCCUGGGCAGAACAUAUAUUUCGAGGUUCUGGAACUACAACCGAUCAAGUUGUUAUUAUCCUUUAUGCGGACAGAGAGAGUCAAUAGUGACGAGAAGCUCAGCAUCCGAAACCCUCUGGCGGUAGUUCUGAACGCAUUGACGAUGGCUGUGGGCAAUGUUAACGACGCUCCUCUCGCAUUAAAUGCGUUGGCCAUCAAAGACGUGCGACUCACUGCACCUGAGCUUCAAAGUCGCAUUCUUUACCACUACAGGCAGGACGUCCUCCGCCAGCUCUAUCGAAUUCUAGGAUCUGCCGAUUUCAUUGGCAAUCCGGUGGGACUUUUCACAAAUGUUAGUUCAGGUGUCGCGGAUAUAUUCUAUGAACCCUUCAAUGGGGCUGUGAUGCACGGAAACAGUGAAUUGGGUAUUGGUAUUGCCAAGGGCGCAGCGAGCUUCGUGAAGAAGACGGUUUUCGGUCUUAGUGAUAGCAUGACGAAGUUCACGAGUAGUGUUGGCAAGGGAUUAUCGUCCGCCACGUUUGACUCGGAAUAUCAAGCUCGUCGUCGAAUGACUCAACGCAGGAACAGACCUCGACAUGCCAUAUACGGGGUGGCUGCUGGAGGAGAAGCCCUCGCGAGCAGCGUUGCGAGUGCUAUGGAAGGAGUCCUUAUGAAACCUAUAGAGGGCGCAGAAUCCGAGGGUGCGCUUGGUUUCUUCAAAGGAAUGGGUAAAGGACUUGUUGGCGCUGUGACCAAGCCGGUCGUCGGAGUUUUCGAUCUGGCGUCCAAUGUCUCCGAAGGGAUCCGCAAUACCACCACCGUCUUCGACAGCCCAGAACGAGAUCGCGUUCGAUUGCCUAGACUUACACCACAUGAUCAUGUUCUCAAGCCUUAUUCUGCGAGAGAGGCACUUGGGCAAUAUUGGAUGAAAGAUCUGAACAGUGGUGCCUAUCGCCAAGAAUUCUACGUUGCUCAUAUAAAUACACCCGGUAGCGAUAAUGUUGUGCUUCUGACUAUGACGAGGGUUCUCUCUUUCUGGACCAAGAAACUGAGGCUUGACUGGGAGCUUCCAUUGACUCAAGUUCAAGGGGUGACAGUAGAGGACACGGGAAUUCGUUUUGCCCACAAGUCCGGAAAGGAGCACGAUAAAUUUGUUUUCAUUCCAGAUAAGAACACGCAGUCAUGGUUUUUCGAAAGGGUAGCAAGUGUAGUGAAAGCAUUCAAUGUGCGAAGACGAAUGGAUGCAUAGAACCCUGCAUCACUCAGGACGUAUAUGUACUAUGUAUAGGUAGAUCCACUGCAAAUUAGGUAUAACGAUAAUGGCCAAAGAAGAUGGAGCAUACAAGGGAGAUAUGAGGAU